GUUAACAGAACCUUCUGGAUAUUUAACAGAUGGACCAAUAAAUUAUAAAUAUAAAACUAAAUGUACAUGGUUAAUUGAAGGAUACCCAAAUGCAAUACUAAGAUUAAGAUUUAAUCACUUUGCCACAGAAUGUAGUUGGGACCAUAUGUAUGUCUAUGAUGGAGAUUCAAUAUAUGCACCUUUAAUAGCUGUAUUUAGUGGUCUAAUAGUCCCUGAAGUGCGUGGAAAUGAAACUGUUCCUGAAGUAGUUACUACAUCUGGCUAUGCAUUGCUACACUUUUUUAGUGAUGCUGCUUAUAACCUAACUGGAUUUAACAUUUUUUACUCAAUUAAUUCUUGUCCUAAUAACUGCUCAGAGCAUGGGAAGUGUACAACCAGCGUGUCUGUACCAAGCCGGGUAUAUUGUGAGUGUGACAAGUAUUGGAAAGGAGAAGCCUGUGAUAUUCCAUAUUGUAAAGCCAACUGUGGCAGUCCAGAUCAUGGGUACUGUGAUCUCACAGGCGAGAAGCUGUGUGUUUGCAAUGAUAGCUGGCAAGGUCCAGAUUGUUCUUUGAACGUCCCUUCCACGGAGUCUUACUGGAUUCUACCAAACGUAAAGCCCUUCAGCCCUUCUGUGGGUCGGGCUUCCCAUAAGGCAGUCCUACAUGGGAAAUUUAUGUGGGUGAUUGGUGGAUACACUUUUAACUACAGUUCAUUCCAAAUGGUGUUGAACUACAAUUUGGAAAGCAGUAUAUGGAACGUAGUACCUGUAUCCAAAGGGCCACUCCAGAGAUAUGGACACACUCUUGCUUUAUAUCAGGAAGACAUCUACAUGUAUGGAGGCAAAAUCGAAACAAAUAAUGGCAAUGUUACUGAUGAGCUGUGGAUUUUCAACAUACACAGUCAAACAUGGAGUACCAGAACUCCUGCAGUACUUGUACAUGGCCAACAAUAUGCUGUGGAAGGUCAUUCAGCACACAUAGUAGAGCUGGACAGCAGAGAUGUGGUUAUGAUUAUUAUUUUUGGAUAUUCUGCCAUAUAUGGUUACACAAGCAUUGUGCAAGAAUACUACAUCAGGUCUAAUUCUUGGCUCGUACCAGAAACAAAAGGAGCAAUUGUGCAAGGUGGAUAUGGCCAUACUAGUGUCUAUGAUGAGCUGACAAAAUCUAUUUAUGUCCAUGGUGGAUACAAAGCGUUACCUGGCAAUAAAUAUGGAUUGGUGGAUGAUCUUUACAGAUAUGAAGUUAAUACUCGGACAUGGACUAUUUUGAAAGAGAGUGGCUUUGCAAGGUAUCUUCAUUCAGCUGUCCUAAUCAAUGGAGCUAUGCUCAUUUUUGGUGGAAACACUCAUAAUGAUACUUCCCUGAGUAAUGGUGCAAAGUGCUUUUCUGCUGACUUUCUUGCAUAUGAUAUAGCUUGUGAUGAAUGGAAGAUUUUACCGAAACCAAAUCUGCAUCGAGAUGUCAACAGAUUUGGUCACACUGCUGUUGUCAGUAAUGGGUCCAUGUAUAUAUUUGGAGGUUUUUCAAGUGUUCUUUUGAAUGACAUCCUUGUGUACAAGCCUCCAAACUGUGAAGCAUUCAGAGAUGAAGAGCUGUGUAAAAAUGCUCGCCCAGGGAUACGGUGUCUGUGGAACAAGAAACAUUGUGAAUCCUGGGAAUCUGGACAUGCUAAUAACAUCCUUAGAGCAAAAUGUCCUAAGAAAACAGCUGCUGCAGAUGACAGAUGUUACCGAUACGCGGACUGUGCGAGCUGUACUGCCAAUACAAACGGGUGCCAGUGGUGCGAUGACAAGAAGUGCAUUUCAGCAAAUAGUAACUGUAGCAUGUCAGUUAAAAACUACACCAAAUGUCAUGUGAGGAAUGAACAGAUUUGCAAUAAACUGACCAGCUGCAAAAGCUGCUCACUACACCUGAACUGCCAGUGGGACCAGCGCCAGCAGGAGUGCCAGGCCCUACCUGCUCAUCUGUGUGGGGAAGGAUGGAGUCAUAUUGGAGAUGCCUGCCUCCGCAUAAAUUCUAGUCGUGAAAGCUAUGACAAUGCCAAACUCUAUUGCUACAAUUUAAGUGGGAAUCUUGCCUCAUUAACAACCUCAAAAGAAGUGGAAUUUGUUCUGGAUGAAAUACAGAAGUAUACACUUCAGAAAAUUUCACCUUGGGUAGGUUUACGCAAGAUCAACAUCUCCUACUGGGGAUGGGAUGACAUGUCUCCUUUUACAAAUACAACUCUGCAGUGGCUUCCUGGAGAGCCGAAUGACUCUGGCUUCUGUGCCUAUCUAGAAAGAGCAGAGGUGGCAGGUCUGAAAGCGAAUCCAUGCACCGCAAUGGCAGAUGGCCUUGUGUGUGAAAAACCUGUCGUUAGUCCCAACCAGAAUGCCAGACCUUGCAAAAAGCCAUGCUCCCUGCGAACAACAUGUUCUAACUGCACGAGUAAUGGUAUGGAAUGUAUGUGGUGUAGCAGUACAAAACGUUGUGUUGACUCAAACGCCUAUAUAAUCUCCUUCCCAUAUGGACAGUGUCUAGAAUGGCAAACUGCCACAUGCUCCCCUCAAAACUGCUCUGGACUGAGGACCUGCGGACAGUGUUUGGAACAGCCUGGAUGUGGAUGGUGUAAUGAUCCCAGCAACACUGGCAAAGGACAAUGUUUGGAAGGAUCAUCAAGAGGCCCAAUGAAGCCUGUUGGCAUGCACUCUAAUGAAAUGGUGCUUGAUGCUGGUCUCUGUCCGAAAGAGAAAAAUUAUGAGUGGUCUUUUAUCCAGUGCCCAGCUUGCCAGUGUAAUGGCCACAGCACCUGCAUCAACAGUAAUGUCUGUGAUCAAUGUAAAAACUUAACAACAGGAAAACAAUGUGAAACGUGCAUGCCAGGAUAUUAUGGAGAUCCCACAAAUGGAGGACAGUGUACAGCUUGCACGUGCAGUGGACACGCAAAUAUUUGUCACAUGCAAACAGGAAAAUGUUUCUGCACAACUAAGGGAAUCAAAGGAGACCAGUGUCAACUCUGUGACUCUGAAAAUAGGUAUCUUGGAAAUCCACUUAGGGGAACAUGCUACUACAGCCUUUUGAUUGACUACCAGUUUACCUUCAGCUUAUUACAAGAGGAUGAUCGCCAUCACACUGCCAUAAACUUUAUAGCAAAUCCGGAACAGUCAAAUAAAAAUUUGGAUAUAUCAAUUAACGCAUCAAACAACUUCAACCUCAAUAUUACAUGGUCUAUUGGUUCUACAGCUGGAACAAUAUCUGGAGAAGAGAUUCCUGUUGUUUCUAAGGUGAAUAUUAAGGAAUACAGAGAUAGCUUUUCCUGUGAAAAGUUUAACUUUCGGAGCAACCCAAACAUCACUUUCUAUGUCUAUGUCAGCAAUUUCUCCUGGCCAAUCAAAAUACAGAUUGCCUUCUCACAGCACAAUACUAUUAUGGAUCUGGUGCAGUUCUUUGUCACCUUCUUCAG